AUGAGGCUCGCGUGGCAGUCCGUUCUGCUGCUGCCGGUGCUUGUGGCCGUGACCCAAGCCCAGUCCACUUGCAACGACGGCAUCGAGGGCAUCGACGGCAACGGCGUCGUCUGCUGCCCGCGCCAUUGCGGGCAGUGCGGAGGGGAAGGUUGCACCGGUUCCGGCGCCGAUUUUGGUCUCGGUUCAGAGUCCUGCUGCGGCGGAGGGGUCAAGAGUGCCAACAACUACUGCGAUGUCACCGGCAAAGCCCCGUGCAUCUACGGCAGCCCCCCCGAAGGUGAGUGCAACAACGGCAUCGAGGGCAUCGACGGCAACGGUGUUGUCUGCUGCCCGCUCGAUUGCGGGCAGUGCGGAGGGGAGGGUUGCUCCGGUUCCGGCGCCGAUUUUGGUCUCGGUUCCGAGUCCUGCUGCGGCGGAGGGGUCAAGAGUGCCAACAACUACUGCGAUGUCACCGGCAAAGCCCCGUGCAUCUACGGCAGCCCCCCCGAAGAAGCGCUGUUGACGACCGUAAACGCACGCACACAACAGUGCGGAGGGGAGGGUUGCUCCUCGGCUGGCGCAGCGUCCGGCCUCGGUUCCGGGUCUUGCUGCGGACACGGCGUAAAGUCUAGCGGCCGGUAUUGCGACAUUACGGAGGAAGCCCCAUGCAUCUACGGCAGCCCAGACGACGCGCGGGUUCACUUAGUCUAA